CUGGAGACCUGAGUUCAGCACACCGCAGCAAUGUCUAAGUGGCUGGACGAUGAUGAGGUGCUGGUGGGUAAAGGCAGUGGCGAGGCAGUGCAACUGAGCCCCAGAGCGCGGACUCUGCCUCCUGGGAGCCCCAGAUCAGGCCACGGGCGUAGUCCACUAGCUUCACCCCGCAGCAGGGAGCCAGUUCCACUGAGCCCGCUGGCAAAGACCAUGAGCAAGGCCAAACAGCUGUUUCUGCUCUGUGACAAAGAGGGAAAAGGGUUCAUCACAAAGCAGGACAUGCAGAGGUUACAGUGGGAGUUGCCACUGACCCCUGAACAGCUAGAAACAGUCUUUGACAGUCUGGACAGAGAGGGCAAUGGUUACCUCACUCCUGUGGAGUUCAACACUGGGCUCGGUGAGCAGGUGGAGCUGGAGGAGGUGACAGACCUGGAUCAGGAUGAAGCAGAAGAAGAACUGGACGAGGCGGACUUUUCUCAGGACCCCAGUGCUGUUAGAUUUGUAAACAUACUAAUGGAGCUUGGCACUGACAAACUUUUCAAAGAUCAGCAGGAGCUCUGUACUCUGUGGUGUGAGCUCCAGAGAGACCGACCAGAGAUGCUGAGUGUCCUGGAGGGCAUCUUGGUCCAUGCAGUGUCCCAUUUACAAGACACCAUCAAAGAGAGAGACAGUCUGGAACAAGCCUUACGCAGACGGGAGAGCGAACAUGAUCAGGUUGUUCGGUCUAUAUAUGAGGAAAUGGAAAGUCAAAUCAGAGAGGAGAGAGAGAAGCUCCUUGCUCAGGACAGUAUUAAACAGAAGGAGAAAGGGCAAAAACUUGAGGAGGAGCUGAGGAUGCGGGAACAGGAGUUGGAGAAUACGCUGAAAAAACAGACGGAGCUUGAGACCCGAAUGCGCCAGCUGAGCCACAAGCAAGUAAACAUCAAAGAGCAGAACCAGCAGCUUCAGGACCUCAACAUGCAGUUACAGGAGCAGGUGGAGCGCAACAAAGAACAGUUGCAGGCUGCGUUGGCUCAGCUUAACUUGGCACAGAUCAGCAAUGCACAAGAACAACUGGCCAGACAGAGAAACGUGAUGAAGGUGUCAAGGAACAUGAAGAAGGAGAAAGAGAGUCUUUUGAGACAACUGGAGAUAUUGAGGGAUAUGAACAAAAGGCUGCGAGAUGAGAAAGACGCCCAACAGUCUCAGAAGAGGACUCCAAAUGUCACACAGGCUUUGCAGAAGAGAGGGUCAGUUAUAGGUAACUACUUACUGGAGGACAAGCCAAUGAAAAGACAGCCGUGCUCUGCUGAUGAGUUGGAGCAGGACAAAAAGACAGAGGUGAAAAUAUCCUCCAAGAAACACCAACCGUCAUGUAGAGUCAGGGGUGAAAAUGUUGAACAGACCCAAACUCAGAGCAAAGCUGUCAGUACUCAGCAAGUGUUCAAGGUUGUGUUUCUGGGUAACUCGGGGGUGGGUAAGAGCUCCUUCAUCCAGUAUUAUUGCACAGGGCGCUUCGACAGUAAAGUCAGCACUACCGUUGGUAUAGAUUUUAAGAUGAAGACUAUAACUGUGGACUCCACCACCAUCAUCCUGCAGCUGUGGGACACUGCAGGGCAGGAGAGGUCAGACAUGUUUACACAAGCACACAAAAUCAUCCGAGGUGCAGAAUGUUUUCCAUCGAAUCUGCUUUUUAGGUUUCGCAGCAUCACCGAGCAGUACUAUCGAAAGGCCGACGGCAUCCUUGCCAUGUAUGAUGUAACGCACUCCGCCUCCUUCACUGCAGUGAGAGGAUGGAUGGACUCCAUCAGGGAGAAGAUGUGUGAAGGUGCUGUACUAAUGCUGCUGGGGAACAAGCUGGACUUGGCAGACAAUCAGUGUAGAGAAGUGAGAACAGAAGAGGGUCAAAAACUGGCAGAGCAACAUCAAGCUUUGUUUUAUGAGUGCAGUGCCAGGAAUGGAUUGAACGUGGAGGAGCUAAUGAAUCACCUGGCAGGGAUGUUGGUAACCCAGCAUGAACGCCAGUGUGAAGAUGCACUUCUACUGAGUGAGACCACGCCUAAAAGAAGUUGCUGUACAUGAACAGUUGAGGACAGGCUUUUGAAAAGACUGAAACUGCCUCCAGGUGUUCUUCUUUGGUUCAGUGGAGCCAUGUUGUAUCCCACACCAACAGCAGAUCAUCACG